GGUCCAUGUUACCGGAUUUAUGAUCUUCCUCUGCAUGGGUGGAAAACUUGACCCUGCCAAAGCUUUUGUGGCAACAACAUUGUUCAGCAUUCUUCAUAACUCUUUAAACAAUUUUGCCCAUUUCAUCCCAUCUAUCGUCCAGGCUAAAAUUUCUCUCAGGAGAUUGAAUGAUUUUCUUCACAAGAAUGAUAUUGCCAAAGAUGUUGUUCUACAGGACAAAUGGGCGGGUAAGAAAAAUCAAUAUCACAAGUAGCCUAGUUGGCAUAAAAUUGUUUACUGCAUCAAACACUUUCAUUAAGUCAAAUACACUAUGUAAUAGUGAAUGCAUGAAGUCAGACACAUAAUAUGAACAAAAUAAAAAACUAAAGAUCAAUGCCACUUUUGAAAACAAUUUUUAGAUUCUGAAGUUUCUGUCCAUAUUGACAAGGGCGAAUUUAAAUGGACACCAUCUGGGGAGCAUGCAACUUUGCAAGGGUAAGCAAUCACAUAAAAUAUGUUGUAUUUUCUAAUAACAUUUCUCCUUUUCAUUAGGAUAUUUACUGGUACAGAUGUUGAUAAAUUGCUUUACAAAAUUAUGUUAGAAGAAUGUAAUAUGAGGAAAUCAUUAUACAGAAUUAAACAAUAGAAAUAAUCAUAUACAUUCUAUGCAAUUUAGCAUCUAGAGAAAUAAUUAAUAAAAGGGCUACAACAAGGAAAGCAGUACUUUGAGAAAAAUAAUAAGUGUUUUGAAAAUGUUUCCCUUUACUAAAUCAUUAUAUGAAAAUUGAGAAGCUUUAAUAUAGACUCUAGAAGUGACAGGAAAUGUUUUUUAACUGCUUAAAUGGUAAGGUAGUUCAUGAAGUGAAAUUAUUUAUUUGUGGUGUCUUUAAUAGAAUUGAUAUGGAAAUUGCAAAAGGCUCAUUCGUGGCUGUUGUUGGCAGUGUUGGUACAGGAAAAUCCUCUCUCCUGUCAGCCAUCAUGGGCCAGAUGCAUAAAUCACAUGGGACAGUUAAUGUACAGGUUAGCAUUUAA